UUUUCGGAAAACGUUAACGGCCUCAUUAAAAUGAAAUCAGAGCUGCCUAACUGAAUAUCAGAUUUAUACAUGCUAACAGUUGCAUUUAAGUUGUGUAUAAUUUAUGAAUUAAUCUGAUCACUUGUUACUUUCGAAUGCUGCGGACGUAAUUUCACAGGAUUUACCGCCAACAGCUCUACUAUAAACUCAAAGUGUAGUGUCUUAGCAAAUAUUCACUGUACUUUUUUUAAAGUUGAAAUUAUCAGUGACGAGUAAUUAAAGAAAAUUCCAUUUAGGCCUACAUGACGUGCAAACCUUUCACUUUAAAAGAAACAUUUACUUUUGAUCUCAAAAUACAUUUGAUAUCUCAAAUGAAGAAAUGUAUACACAUUCUCGACUCACAAGUGAGAGCUCAAAUGCAACGAACGCAUCUGGAAGUACAGAACAAACGGAUUUAUCUGAUGAAACCGUUAGCGAUUGCGCCAAAACACCAAAACCACUCUCAGGUCAAGGUAUUGGACAUUUGGAUGCAGUACGUAAUGGACCCGCCAUAGACUCAGAUGUUGAGUGUCAGCGGAGAAAUGUGCAUCUUUCAGAAGAAAGCAAACAUGAUGACUAUUUCUACAUGUCAUCAGAUGUAAAAGAAGCAAGAUAUUUAUUGAGGAAUCCACAAGGACGUGCCAUAGGACUGAAAAGAGAGUCGGUGCCAUUACUUACAAGAAGUGAAAGGGAAUACGCAGUGCAGGACUUAAUUCGAAGCGAAGAUUUCAGGAAAUUCUUUGAAACUGAAUAUGCUGAUAUUGUGAAAUCUCGUAAGAAUUACAAAAGUUUAAAGAAAAUUUUCUUGACUUUGGCAGUUUUGAACAUCAUUUUGAUUACUUGUGCCGUGUCUGUCAUCUCCGUUAUGUUGAUGCCACUACGUAUUGGAAACGACCAUGUCACGUCAGACAAAAUCUCACUUGAUGCUGCUAUGGAAGAGUUUGUGGUCGGGAAACUGGAUUCCCCACGUGCAAAGGAAAUAAUACGGCAGCAUGCGUCCUGUGACGAUUGUCGUCGUAUGAACGAUAAAUUAGAAACAUACGACACAAAUAUACAGAAAGUUCGGAAAAGUAUUGAUAAACUGGAAGAUGAAGUGAUCGCGUUGCAACAAAACGGAUCCAACAUCAAGCCGGGAGGUUUCCAGAAGACGGCAGUACAUGAAAGAGUUGAAGAAAAUGGCCAGCUGAUAAACAGAAUCCUCAAUUGGAAACGCUCUUCUAUGCAAUUAGUAGGAGGCUUUAGUAGAGGUCAGGUUGUAUGGCAGAAAGAUCUAUCAAAUGGCAACAUAAUGGCAUAUAAAAACAAAGGAAUUCAUGUAAUGGGCGGUGGGACAUACUUUCUGUACACAAAGAUUAAGUUUUUGAAGAACAAUUGUACCGGAAAUGAAAUGUUUGAGUAUGAUGUUAUGAGAGAUAAAGGAAGUACCACUGCUAUUGUAUCUAACACAAAGCAGGGCUGCUCAGUCCAUGGCAGUUUUGACCAGUCAUUGUAUGUUCAGAAGUUGGUAGAGGUACCGCUAAGAGAAACAGCAACCUUUUACAUACGAUUUAAGUCUGGUUUCUUGUCCGGUGCUUUUAGGACGCAUGUGUUUGGUAUGAUUGAAAUUUAGUAGACUUGUGUGUAUUUUGGUGGAAACGUGGUCGGCAGCUUUGACUGCCAUGUAGUACACAUACACACAUUGUCUUAACCAGUAAGACUGUUUGCAGAUCUUAUUUACACAAAAUGUAAGAAUGUUAUUACGUGUAAUAAAACGUCAAAGAAUAACUCUCUAAAUAGAUUAAGCAACAAACGAACAACGCAAUCCCUGUGCAAUUCUAUAGCAGGAUUGGUAUGGAUAUAUGUACAUGAUAGACAUAAAGGAUACACAAAGUAAAACAGGCGACGAGGAAGAAAUGAACAAAAAAGGGAACUCAGUGGUACUCCGCCUGUGCGUAAUUGGGGAGUUUAAACGGAUGAUGAUGCUUCGAACGUCACUUUUAUGCUCAAAAUGUCUCAAAGUUACAUACAAUAAAUAACAAUACAGUUACGCCAUUGUAAACACAAGACAUGGUAUGUAGAACGCAAAAAUGCACUUUACGUGAAACAAAUAAAAAGAAAACCCAUACGAACCAUAUACGUACCCAUUGGUCAGUGCAUAUGUCUAUUAAAACUAAAUAGGUAUUAUACAAAUAAAUAUGGUGUGUCCAUAUUCCGAUGUGUUAACCUAUAUUAUGGAUAUGUUAACCUCUAAUUAUCUCAUGGAUAUACAUAUAAUUAAUUUAUGUCGUCUAUGCUAUUCUAGAAAUACCUAUUUCAUUACUGUACAAUCUGUAAGAAUAGUGUAUAAGGGUGCUAUGCAUAUACAAUGUAGAAAUGGCAAUUGUUGUGUAUGAUUUGUUGUUAUCAUUCUGUUAUCUGAUUGUUUUUAUUUUUAUCAACGAUGAAAUCAAUCGUUAUGUUUUACAAAUUGUGUUCACUUUAUGAUCUAUGCUUGUUGGUCAAUGUCACUUUUGAAAUUUAAGUAAAAAUAAAUUUUGUUUCUUAGCUCCUAAA